AUGAGUAUAGCCGAUGAAUUACCCAAAUGGACUCAACUAGAAAAAUUUCUAGAAACUAGAUUUAGAAGUCUAGAAAUGGUCAACACAGGAAAACAGUCCAAUAAUACAACUAGAUUAAAAAUACAACAACAAGAAGUGUCUGGUUUGGGAGACGGUCAACUGAGUGUCAAAUAUGCUGUUGCUAUGGAGAUAAAAUCACAUCACAAACCUGAAAAUAAUAUAACUAUUAAUGCUUAUGUUUUAAAAUCACUUACCUCGUUAUUACCGUCGCGCGAAGUAGUUGUCCCUGAUUGGCUGGAGCUGAAAAACUUACCUCUUGCUGAUCCUAGAUUUGCAUUGCCCGGAAAGGUUGAUGUUUUACUUGGAGCAGAUGUUUACGGAGAAAUAUUGCUGAGUGGUGUAAAGAAGAGUCCUCAUGGAAACUUAAUAGCACAAAACACAUUAUUUGGUUGGAUUUUGUCUGGAAGGGUAGCACAAUGUCAAAACACUGGAAAGGUUAUAACAUUACAUGCACAAGUGAACGAGGACGAGUUACUGAAAAAAUUCUGGGAAAUAGAGAACGAGCCUAAUACUAUUGAGAGAAAAUUAACUAGAGAAGAGCAACUAUGUGAAGAGAAAUAUGAAGAAACUACAAGAAGGCGAGAAGAUGGAAGAUUUAUUGUGAGACUACCAUUCAAAAAUAUGGAUCCCCAAUGUCAGUAUGGAUACUCAUGUGACAUUGCAACGAGAAAACUGCAUGCUUUAGAGAGAAGACUAAACAAGAAUCCCACAUUAGCUAUUGAAUACAACAAAGUGUUAGAAGAAUAUACAUCGUUAAACCACAUGAGAGAAGUCACUGAAGAAGAGAAAGAUAAGAUUACAUCUGUUUAUCUGCCUCAUCAUGCCGUGGUCAGAGAAGACAAAGAGACAACCAAAGUAAGAGUCGUAUUCAAUGCAUCGAGCAAAGGGACUAAUAACGUGUCACUGAAUGAUGACCUACUAGUGGGUCCUAAAAUCCAACAAGAUUUGCGUCAUCUGCUACUACGGUGGCGUCAACAUCCCAUAGGCAUUGUUGCUGAUCUGGUGAAGAUGUAUCGGCAAGUACUUGUUCAUGAGGAAGAUACAGACUUUCAGAGAAUUAUGUGGAGAGCUAAUUCAAAAUUACCAAUUAAACACUACAAACUGCUAACAUUAACUUUUGGUACUGCUUGUGCACCCUACCUUGCAGUAAAAACUCUGCAAAAGUUAGCAGAACUAGAAAAAGAUUCAUAUCCACUAGCAGCAGAAAUAACGAAGAGAGAUUACUACGUAGAUGAUUUAAUGACGGGAUGUGAAACAGAGGAAGAAGCUUUACAAAUUUACAACGAGAUGAGUAAACUAAUGAAAUCUGGCGGUUUCCAGCUUCAAAAAUGGAGCAGCAAUUGUAAAGAGUUUUUAAACUAUAUAGAAAAGGAAGAGUUAAAUACUGAACAAUCUUUAACAAUUAAAGUUGACAAUAUGAUGAAAGUCUUGGGCAUACGUUGGAACAGACUAACAGAUAAUUUUGAAUAUGUGGUGAAUCUUGAAGAAACUCAUCAACCCUUCACUAAGCGGAAUGUUCUAUCUGAUGUUGCCAGACUAUAUGACCCAAUUGGAUGGAUAGCUCCAGUAGUCAUUACUGCAAAAGUAUUCAUACAAAAGUUAUGGAAGGCGGGUUUGGAUUGGGAUCAUGAGUUGCCCAAUGACUUAAUGACAGAAUGGAUAAAUUAUAGACAUGAGCUAAAUUAUAUGAAAGAUAUUUUAAUACCACGAUGGUUAAAUUGCACAAAGAGAAGCAAGCUAGAGCUACAUGCAUUUUCAGAUGCUUCAAGCAUGGCUUAUGCUGCGGUUAUUUACUUGAGAGUAGUGGAUGACAACAACCAAGUAUAUGUGAAGCUUAUUACUGCUAAAACUAAGGUCGCACCUAUUGAGAAAGAGUUAUCAAUCCCACGGCUAGAGCUAUGUGGAGCAACUUUAGCAGCAAAAUUAUUAAGUGAAGUCUCACAAGUCAUGAACAUACCUAAGGAGAAUUUAUAUGGGUGGACUGAUUCUACAGUGGUUUUAGCUUGGUUAAAUGGACCAGCUAAUCGUUGGGCUACUUAUGUAAGCAAUAGAGUGUCACAUAUUCUAACUAUAAUGGAUUUUGAACAAUGGAAUCAUGUAACUAGUAAUCUAAAUCCUGCAGACUGUGCGUCUAGAGGACUUAAACCAACAGAACUAAAAACUUUUGAACUUUGGUGGAACGGGCCCAAGUGGCUGUCUAAACGAGAUAUUGGUAUAGAAAAAAUAAAACUAGAAGACACACAUGAAGAAGAAAGAGUUGUGUCAGGCUUCAGCGGCGGCAAGUCGCCCGCAAAGCUGUAA